AUGACCACCCUUGUUACAACCGAUGUUACCACAGAUGUUUCCACCGAUGUUACCACCCGCGUUACCACCAAUGCUUCCACCGAUGUUACCAUCGAUGAUGCCUUCGGUGUAGCCACAGAUGAUAUCAGCAAUCGCGGUGUUACCAGCGAUGUAACCAGCGAUGUUUUCACCGAUGCUACCACCGUUUAUACCACCUAUGUUUCCAGCAAUGUUACCACCUAUAUUACUACCGAUAUGACCACCGAUGUUACCACCGAUGCUUCUAAUGUUUCCACCGAUGUUACCACCCGCGAUACCACCAAUGCUUCCACCGAUGUUACCAUCGAUGAUACCUUCGGUGUAGCCACAGAUGUUACCAGCUAUCGCUUACCACCAAUCACCGAUGCUACCACCGAUGUUACCACAGAUCUUACCAGCGAUGUAACCAGCGGUGUUACUAGCGAUGUUACCAGUGAUGUUUCCACCGAUUUUACCACCGAUGCUUCGACAGAUGUAAGCACAGAAGAUACUAGCGAUGGUACCACCUAUGUUACCACAUACGUUUCCACCGAUGUUACCACCGAUGUUACCACCGCUAUGACCACCAAUGUUACAACCGAUGUUACAAGCGGUGUUAUCCCAGAUAUUACCAGCGAAGUUACCAUCGAUGUUACCACCGAUGUUAUCCCAGAUAUUACCAGCGAUGUUACCACCGAUUUUACCACCGAUGCUUUGACAGAUGUAACCACAGAAGUUACUAGCGAUGGUACUAGCGAUGGUACCACCGAUGUUACCAACAAUGUUACCAACGAUGUUUCCACCGAUGUUACCAUCGAUCAUACCACAUAUGUUUCUACCGAUAUUACCAACGCUAUGACCACCGAUAUUACAACCGAUGUUACCAUCGAAGUUUCCAUCGAUGUUACCAUCGAUGUUACCAACGAUUUUUCCACCUAUGUGACCACCAAUGUUUCCACCGAUAUUAUCACCGAUGUUACCACCAAUAUUAAAAGCGAUGUUACAAGCGAUGAUACCAGCGGUGUUACCAGCGAUGUUACCGGCGGUGUUUUUACCGAUGUUAACACCGAUCAUACGACUUAUGUUUCCACCGAUGUUAUCACCGCAAUGACCACCGAUGUCACCACCGAUGUGACCACCCAUGAGAUCACCGAUGUUACCACCAAUGUUACCACCCUUGUUACUACCGAUGUUGACACAGAUGUUUCCACCGAUGUUACCACCCGCGUUACCACCAAUGCUUCCACUGAUGUUACCAGCGAUGUUACCACCGAUGCUUCCACCGAUUUUCGCUCCGAUGUUACCACCGUUGUUACCUCCUGUUUUGGUGUUAAGACCGAUAUUAAGAGCGAUGUUACCAACGAUGUUACCAGCGGUGUUACCACCGAUAUUUCCAGCGGUGUUAAGACCGCUGUGAGCACCGAUAUUACCAGCGAUAUAACCAGCGAUGUUACCAACGAUGUUACCAACGGUGUUACCACCGAUACUUCCAGCGGUGUUAAGACCGAUAUUAAUAGCGAUGUUACCAACGAUGUUACCAGCGGUGUUACCACCGAUAUUUCCAGCGGUGUUAAGACCGAUAUUAAAAGCGAUGUUAUCAUUGAUGCUUCCACCGAUGUUACCACCGAUAUUACCAGCGGUGUUACCAACGAUAUUACCAGCGGUGUUACCAGCGAUGCUACAAGAGAUGUUACCGCUGUUGUUACCAACGAUGUUAAAAUCAAUGUGAAAACCUAUGUUACUACCGAUAUUACCAGCGGUGUUACCACCGAUGUUACCAGCGAUGUUACCAACGAUAUUACCAGCGAAGUUACAAGCGGUGUUACUAGCGAUUUUACAAGCGAUGUUUCCACCGAUGUUACCACCAAUUUGACAACCGAUGUUACUACCGAUGUUACCAGCGAUGUUACCACCGAUGUCGAUGUUACCAGCGGUGUUUCCACCGAUGUUACCACCAAUGUGACAAUAGAUGUUACCACCGAUGUUACCAGCGAUGUUACCAUCGAUGUGACCAACGUUGUGACUAGCGGUGUUACCAGUGAUAUUACCAGCGGUGUUAACACCGAUAUUAAAAGCGAUGUUACCAACGAUGUUACCAGUCAUUUUAGCUCCGAUCUUACCACCUAUGUUUCCACCGAUGUUACCACAGAUGUUACCGCUGUUGUUACCAACGAUGUUAAAAUCAAUAAGAAAACCUAUGUUACUACCGAUAUUACCAGCGGUGUUACCACCAAUGUUACCAGCGAUGUUACCAACGAUAUUACUAGCGAAGUUACCAGCGGUGUUACUAGCGAUUUUACAAGCGAUGUUUCCACCGAUGUUACCACCAACUUGACAACCGAUGUUACUACCGAUGUUACCAGCGAUGUUACCACCGAUGUGUCCACCGAUAUUUCCAGCGAUAUAACCAGCGAAGUUAACAGCGAUCUCCGAUCUUACCACCUAUGUUUCCACCGAUGUAACCACCGAUUUACCACCGUUGUUACCACCGAUGUUACCACUGAUGCUUCCAUUGAUGUUACCACCGAUAUUACCAGCGGUGAUUUCAGCGAUGUUACCAGCGAUGAUACCACCGAUCUUACCACCGAUGUUUCCACUAAUGCUUCCACCGAUGUUACCACCGUUGUUUCAAGCGAUAUUACCAACUGUGUUACCAUUGAUGUUACCUGCGAUGCUACCAACAUCGCCACAGAUGUUACCAGCGAUCGUAAAACCGAUGUUACUAGCGAAACUACCAGCGAUGUGAUCCUCGUUAUUACCAGAGGUGUUAACACCAAUAUUAAAAGCGAUGUUACCAACGAUGUUACCAACGAAGUUACCAGCGGUGUUACCAGCGGUGUUACCAGCGAUGUUAACAACGAUGUUACCACCGAUCAUACCAACGAUGUUACCACCGAAGAUACUACCGAUGUUACCACCGAUGUGACCACAGAUGGUACAACCGAUGUUGCCACCGAUGUUACCGCCGAUGUGACCACCGAUAUUACCAGCUAUAUAACCAGCGAUGUUACCAACGAUGUUACCAGCGAUGUUACCAGCGAUGUUUCCACUGAUGUUACCAUUGAUCUUACCAUCUAUGAUUCCACCCAUGUUACCACCAAUGUCACCACCAAUGUUACCAGCGCUGUUAUAACCGAUGUGACCACCAAUGAUAGCACCGUUGUUACCAAAGAUGUUACCAAAAUUGAUACCAUCGAUGGUACCACUGAUGUUGCCACCUAUAUUUCCAACGAUGUUACCACCGAU